AUGCUCGCUCUACUUCUCAUCCUAGUCGCUCUCGCGAGCUACUUCCUCGUCAGACUGCGCCAGCAACGCAGCAUGUUCAAAAAUCUCCCUGGUCCGCCGCAUCACGCUAUCUGGGGUCACUUUUUAAUCAUGCAAGAAAUCGCAAGCACUCUACCCCCUGAUGCAACUCCACAGCUGUUCGCGCACUUGAUGCGCCAGCGGUACGGUCUCGGUGACUUCUUCUACCUUGAUCUGUGGCCGCUCGCGCCCCCGCAGCUUGUCAUUGCCCAUCCGGAACUGGCGACACAGAUUGUCCACAAGAUGAAUCUUCCCAAAGAGUCGGCUGUCAUGCAGAAGUGGACGGGUCCUAUCCUUGGCGAGAAGUCUAUGGUCUCUGCGAAUGGACAUGACUGGUUCAUUGCUCGCAAGUCUUUCACUCCGGGCUUUCAGCCACGGAAGCUGUUGCAGCAUGUUCCGAAUAUCGUGGAUGAGGCGCUGGCUUUUGCUGAUGUGCUAAGAGAACAUGCUCAAAGGAAUGAUAUCUUCAGAAUGGAAGAUCUAGGCGCAAGGAUGAUAUUUAACAUUUCGGCUUGGGUGAUCUUGGGAAUCAAGUGCAACGCGCAGAGGGAUGAUGAUGAAUUCCUCGAGCUCUUCCGGAAACAGGCCGCCCUGGCACCUCAGGACUUCUGGUCUCGGUACCUCUACGACGUCAGCCCCCGCCGACACUAUCAGAAGUGGAGCAACGGACGUGCUCUAGACCGUUACGUCGGUCGCCUGGUAGACCAACGAGUCGUCAGUGGUCCGACAGCUGUUCUAAGCGAAAAAGCCAAAUACUACGCCAUCGACGACGCCAUUGCUACCAGCCGCACCCUGAACAAGUCUAUCCCACCUACCACCGCCAUGGAUAAAUAUACCCGGGACAUGCUCAUCGCGUCCGUCAAGACGCUCAUCUUCGCUGGUCACGACACCUCAGCCAGCACUCUCUGCUAUACAUACGCCGCCCUAAGCAAACACCCCCAAGUCCUCCACACCCUCCGAGAAGAACACAACACCCUCUUCGGCUCUGACCCCUCCGCCGCCGCGAAUCUCCUCCGCAACGAUCCAAAUCUCGUCAACAACCUACCCUACACCCUCGCCGUCAUCAAAGAAGCCCUCCGCCUCUGGCCCCCAACAGGCGUCAGCCUCCGCCGCGGCCAACCAGAGCAAACCCUCCUCGCAGACGGCAAGGAAUGGCCCACAUACCCCUUCGCCGUGCUCGUCAACAACUGCGCGACCAUGCGCCGGGAAGAUCUCUUCAAGGACGCGGAGAGAUUCUAUCCCGAACGGCACCUCGUUACCGACCCCGCGGAUCCGUACUUUGUCCCGCGCGACGCAUGGAGACCGUUUGAGAAGGGACCGCGGAUGUGUCUGGGCCAGACGUUGGCUUUGAUGCAGUUGAAGAUCGCCUUGGUGAUGACGGUGCGGACGUUUGACUUUGAGAUUGUUUAUGAGGAGGGGACGUUCAUGUAUCAGGUUCUGGAUGUCACGGCUAAGCCGUCGCUAGGCUUGCCGACUAGAGUCAGGUUGAUUGAGUAG